CAGCUGUCGUUUGUACAUGAAAACUUAUAUAUUUUUUCCACAAUAUCAUCGUUGAAAGGAUGCAAGAGGACGUGUGCCAGCAAGUCAUAGCCCGCAAUGUGCCGCAGUUGGUGCGAUUGCUGCUGGACUCACCCGUGGAGGGCUGGAAAAAGGAUGGUGAAAGUGGAAGGACAGUGGACUCUAACACCUUCGAGAGUUGCCUCAGCUAUGCCAGGGAUCAGCUGGAGCAUCCCGAGGACAAACAGGAAUCCUGUCCGGAAGCCGUGUGCCUCAACAUGAACCAUUUUAUGGAGCGCUAUCGCAGUGAGGAGUUGCCCGAAUUUGCGGACACCUUCAAGCAGCUGGCCAAUGUGAUACUGAUCCAUCCGAUUUGCUUGAAUCACAUGCAGAAAAAUAUGCAGUGGCGCCUUCUGGACUUUAUGCUCUCCGUGAACUACAAGGCUUUUCAGGCGGUUCAUCGGAAUAGUAAGGAGAUGGAGAAGAAGCGGAAGAGCAUCCUGGAGGCACUCACUCUGGCCACCGAAAGCGCGGCAGUUAUUUGUGAGGAAAAGUUAAGAGCUAGUCUUUCCAGAUCACAAACAAUGAGUUCAAAAAGUGCAACCUAUGAAAAUGUGUCCGUAGCUCACCGAGAAUGCCCCAAGAAAAUGACCCAAAGUGCCAGGAGUUUGGUCAGCUCAGAACGUAGAGGUCGCUUUUGGGAUGCUGAAAGUGAACUCAGCUUGGAUAAUUCCUCCAUGAAAUCUCUUCCAUCUCUGGAACUAACAGACUCGCAGAAAGAACAUCAACCAUCUACUUAUGAAAAACACAAAUUUAAUAAGAUCCAAGUCAAGGAGAACUUUGCCACCAAUGAGGCCAAAAUGGAGUUGGCACUGAAUCUUAUCCAGUUGGAGUCCUCAGCCGCUAAGCCCACAAAGGCUGACCUAUUCAAAGGUUCCAAUGACCUGCUCUCCCGAAUUCAAACACCCUGGUGGCAAGUUGAUAUACACGUCUAUCCGCAGCCACGAAUUUUGGCCAGUAGUUUCAGCCUGGAGUAUGGCAAUUGGAUGCUCUAUCAGCUAAGGGAAUGUCGUCACUCGGUGCGAAAAACAAGCGAGGAGCAACAGCUUUUGAGAGAACUGAUUAUUCUUUUCAUUGCCACUGUAGACUUUGAUUUCUUUGAGAUUUUGGAUAAUGAACUGGAGUUGCGGAGGGACAGACCACACACUUGUGCCAUCAGUCAGUUGAUGGAGGGACCACUCCUGCCUCCAAUCCUCAGCUCCUUGAAAGAAAUGCGUCACCUGAGGCAAUUGAUAGAGGUGCAUACCACAAAAAGAAUAACUGGUGAUCGCUUGGAGACCCUGACUUCUUUCAGUGUGGCUCUGCGGCGACUUCUUCGACCUGUGAUGGAGUUUUUGGUUUACUUUGAACGCCGACUGACAAGGGGCAUUGAAACACCUACUCUGCAGCACUUUUUGGAGUCUUCAAGUGCUCAUUUGGAAAGGAUACAGUUGCUAUAUCAACUCAGUAAUAUCAAUAUUGAAGGAGAACCUACGUUGCGAAGCCUGCACAUUGUGGAAUCCCUGCUUACGUAUACUUCCAAUAGCAGUUUAUCGAAAAUGCAUCGAAACUUGAGUGCAGCAUUACUACUACACUCGUUGCAGGCCUAUUGCCAAUUUCUGGACAACUGGUGGUCAACUGGGGAGUUUACAGACUGGCACGAAGAGUUUCCCCACCAACGACUACUGAUUGAUGGAAGAACAGAAUAUGGUCGUAGAAAGAUAGAAUUGCCAGAUGGGAAUUUAUUUCAAAUCAUUCAGAGCCACUUUAAUGAAUCUCGUGAAGCGUUGGCCAUACUCUACGAUACUCGUAAAAUAGGUGACUUUAACUGCUUGCAUGGAAAUAUAUCCCAGACAUGCCUGCACAAUUCAUUGAUGGACUCAGUGCAAAGGGAGCUAACUCCGUAUCAGACAGAAAGCUUGGAGGAAAGUGGUUAUGCCCCCGAUAUCCUGGAACAGUUGUGGUUCAUCGAUCAGGAGCCAGUGCGUCGAAUGUUCUACUCAUUUCACAUGGAAACUCGACCGGAUCCACAACAACCUGCAGAUUGCUCUGUUGAUGAGUUGCUCCGAAACUUUCAAGCCUGUGCCGACUACACUCCCAUUUCGGAGAUCAUUUGCCAUGAAUUUAGAAGAUUACUGCAUCGACGUUCCUUGUUGGCCAACUCUUAUGUCUCAGAUCUGGUGAAAAAGUCAGAGGUGGACAAGAUUGUAAGGCACCUUCGAUCAGUAUUUCUUCUCUUAAAGUAUGACCUCUGCCGAAGUGAGUUUAAUCAAUUCUUUGACUCGCUGGAAAGAAACCUACUAACAAUGGCCUCCAAUCAGUUGAAAGAGAUCCUAGUUUCCCAAGAUCCUCGGCUUGGUUAUCUGUUUCAUAUUAACAUAACCGGGCCACAUACUGAAUGUAUCUGUUUAAAAGUCAGCUACGAUCCUUUGCUAAACAGAGUGAUAAGCCAGGAAAAAAUCAAGCACAUGAACCACUAUUUUCGUCUGAAUUUGAACCUGCACUUUUCGCUGUAUCAGCUAAGGAAUUUGCCUGCUUUGAAUAUAGCCAAGCCAAAGCGAUUGGUUCAAGCUCUGCAAAGUUUAAGGACUUUGAUAGCUACUACCCUUGAAAAGCAGCUAUCUCAUUUUGCAAAAUUCCAUCAGCCAGAAGUAUUUACCACUUUAAGUGAGCUAAGACAAAACCACGACAUGUUCAUGCUUCAAAUGAAGGAGAAGCUGCGAGUGGAAUUCGAGGGAGGACAAUAUCCUUACCGUUUGGAAGAUAUCCUCAGCCUGAGCAGAGUCUUGAGGUAUCGGUGGCUAAGAGUCUGGACCCUCAUCAACGACUAUAGCAGGCAGAAAUCGACUUACAUCUGCGAUGCGAAAUACGAGUGGUUGCGGUUCGACUACCUGCAAGCCACUUUCAAACACUGCAAGGCGAUUGGCUGCUUUCUCGGCCAGAAAUGAUGUGAGGUGUUUUCCGUAUCUGUCAGAUACAUUAUGUUGCUAGACAGACAGCAUGCGACGAAGUUCAGAAAAAUAUUGUUAAAACUUUCAAAAAUUUUAAAUUC